GCAAAGUGUUGUUGCUGUCUUCACUUACCUGCUAAUGUGCUACUUUUGCUGAAGACGCAGUAGGAAGAACAUUUUAGGCUUUACCUCAAGUCGUAUGUAGAUUUAAAAUAUUUGUAAGUAUAAAUGCACGAAAGAAAGGAUUUGCGUCACACUAAGAGAAAAUAAAGAGGACGUUUAUGAAAUGGCGCCUAAAGGUAAGAUUGGAACCAAAGGCAAGAAACAAAUCCAUGAGGAAAAUGAGGCCACUCUGAAGUUCUACACCAGAGUCAUAUUAGGAGCCAAUACUAUAUAUGCAGCUGUGAAUCUGCUUUUGUACGACACUUCAUUUUGGACAUGGCUCCUCCUGUUGUUUGCAUUGGUUGUCUACACUGGCAGCUACAGGUCCAUGGCAGCCAUGGCUAAACCAGCAUUUGCUAGUGAUGGUAGUUUAAUAGAUGGAGGAAUAGAUCUCAAUAUGGAGCAGGGCAUGGCAGAGCACCUUAAGGAUGCAAUUUUGCUAACAGCUAUAGUUCAGGUUCUCAGCACUCUGUCUUCCUACUUUUGGUACCUCUGGCUGUUGGCUCCUGCACGGGCUUUGCAGUUAUUGUGGGUGAACUUCCUUGGUCCUUGGUUUUCCUCUGAGACAUCUGCGCCUCCAGAGGAGGCAAAUGAGAAGAAGCAGAGACGACAGGAGAGACGGCAGAUGAAGCGAUUCUAGCUGUUCUGCUUCCCUUUGUUUUUAUAUCUUGGGUGUUGAGAUAAACAGAAUGCAAAGUCUAAGGUAUUGUUAAGAGUCGUUUUUUUUGUUGGAAUAAUACAGGCAUUUUCUUCCACCAUUUAGUUUAUUACUCAGGGUUCAACCCAUUAUUGUCUAUCAUUAAAAAUUUUAGGCACUUAAAGGACUUUUACAAGUCUUAAACACGCUCACAUGUUGGUUAGCUACUACACCAUACGCCUUCUGGCUGCUAGGCGGUAUUAUCUAGACAAGGAAAUGUAGAAAUAAAUGUAAUGCCUAUAGUUAUGAGGUAUUUUAAAGUACUUUUAUUACCAAAAUUGAUCUAUAUUCUGAGAAUAUAACAAGAUGUGUGCUAAUGAUAGAAAGGCAUAGUGUCCUUUUGGAAGUGAGGGGAUGUGUAUGAGGUAACAAUACUUCAUCUUCUGUGAUAAUAAAAUACUAUUAGUUUUGGCUAGUUA